AUGCAGCGCGGCGGCGACGGCGGGCGCGGCUGCCGGACUUCGUCCUUACUCCUGCUCCCCCCGGCGCCCAAGCGGGCACUCUUCCCUUCGCUGUCCCUCGACCCUGCACUCCGGGGACUGGGCGCCUCCCCCGGCUCACCUCAGGGAGCAGAGGCCGGUCUCCUGCUUGUCUGUCGCGCCUCCAUGUCGGAUAACCAGAGCUGGAACUCGUCGGGCUCCGAGGAGGAUCCGGAGACGGAGUCCGGGCCGCCUAGUUGUCUCUGUGGGAAGUUUGUCCUCCGUCCAUUGCGAUCAUGCCGCAGAUACUCCACUUCACGCAGUUCUGGAUUGACUGCUGGCAAAAUUGCUGGAGCUGGCCUUUUGUUUAUCGGUGGCGGCGUUGGGGGCACUGUCCUCUAUGCCAAAUGGAAUUCCCAUUUCCGGGAAAGUGUAGAGAAAACUAUACCUUACUCAGACAAACUCUUUGAGAUGAUCUUGGGUUCUGCACCCUACAGUGUGCCAUUGCCAAAGAAGCCGAUUCAGUCUGGUCCCCUAAAAAGCCCUAAUGAGGUGGUGAAAGGAUCCAAACAGCCUGCCUCUUAUCUCCAGAAACAAAAAGAAGACACUCCAGCUUCCAAAACAGGUGAUACUCUGUCAGUUCCAGCCCCUGCUGUUCAGCAAGAAGAAGCCGUAAAACCUGAUCUCCCUGCAGCUGAUGAAGGAAAACCCACGCCCGCAGUUUCAGAGGAGGCAUCCUCAUCUUCUGUCAGAGAACGACCUCCUGAAGAAGUGGCAGCCCGCAUUGCACAACAAGAAAAGCAAGAACAAGUUAAGAUUGAGUCUAUAGCUAAGAGCUUAGAAGAUGCUUUGAGCCAAACUGCACGCACCACGCUCCAGGCCAUUGCUGCUCAGAAUGCAGCCGUGCAGGCUGUCAGCAUGCAUUCCAGUGUGCUGAAGGCGGCCAUGGACAAUGCGGAGAUUGCAGGUGAAAAGAAGUCAGCUCAGUGGCGUACAGUGGAGGGUGCGUUGAAGGAACGCAGAAAGGCAGUAGAUGAAGCCGCCGAUGCCCUUCUCAAAGCCAAAGAAGAGUUAGAGAAGAUGAAAAGUGUAAUUGAAAAUGCAAAAAAGAAGGAGGUCGCUGGGGCCAAACCUCACAUAACUGCUGCAGAGGGCAAACUCCACAACAUGAUUGUUGAUCUGGAUAAUGUGGUACAGAAGGUCCAGGCUGCUCAGUCUGAGGCUAAGGUGGUAUCUCAGUAUCAUGAACUUGUGGUCCAGGCCCGGGAUGAUUUUAAACGAGAACUUGACAGUAUUACACCGGAAGUACUGCCUGGGUGGAAAGGGAUGAGCAUUUCUGACCUCGCUGACAGGCUGUCCACUGAUGACCUGAACUCCCUGAUUGCUCAUGCACAUCGUCGCAUCGACCAGCUGAACAGAGAACUUGCCGAACAGAAAGCCGCUGAGAAGCAGCACAUUGCCUCAGCCUUGGAGAAACACAAGCUGGAAGAAAAGCGGGCCUUUGACUCAGCGGUGGCCAAAGCAUUGGAACAUCACAGAAGUGAAAUCGUGGCUGAGCAGGACAGAAAGGUGGAGGAAGUCCGAGAUGCCAUGGAAAUUGAAAUGCGGACCCAGCUCCGCCGACAGGCCGCUGCCCACACCGACCACUUAAGAGAUGUCCUCCGGGUGCAGGAACAGGAGCUGAAGUACGAAUUUGAGAGGGAUAUGUCUGAGAAACUCAAUGAGCAAGAGUUAGAGUUUCGUCGGCUUAGUCAAGAGCAAGUUGACAACUUCACUCUGGAUAUAAACACGGCCUACGCCAGGCUGAGAGGGAUCGAGCAGGCUGUACAGAGUCAUGCUGUUGCUGAGGAGGAGGCAAGGAAAGCCCACCAGCUCUGGCUGUCAGUGGAGGCACUCAAGUACAGCAUGAAGACGGCAUCUGCUGAGCUGCCCACUGUGCCCCUGGGCAGUGCGGUCGAGGCCAUCAGGGUCAACUGUUCCGAUAAUGAGUUUGCUCAGGCUUUAACCGCAGCUAUCCCUCCUGAGUCCCUAACCCGCGGGGUAUACAGCGAACAGACCCUUCGAGCCCGCUUCUAUGCUGUCCAGAAGUUGGCCCGCAGGGUGGCAAUGAUCGACGAGACCAGAAAUAGCUUGUACCAGUAUUUGCUCUCCUACCUGCAGUCCCUGCUUCUGUUCCCACCUAAGCAGCUGAAGCCACCGCCAGAGCUGAGCCCUGAGGAUUUCAACACAUUUAAGUUACUGUCUUACGCUUCCUAUUGCAUUGAGCAUGGAGAUCUGGAGUUGGCAGCCAGGUUUGUCAACCAGCUGAAAGGGGAGUCCAGACGAGUGGCACAGGACUGGCUCCACGAAGCCCGGAUGACCCUAGAAACUAAGCAGAUAGUGGACAUCCUGACAGCGUACGCCAGCGCUGUAGGACUAGGAACCACCCGUGUGCAACAUGAGUAA